UCCAGCUAAAAUUCUUAGCCAGCACGGUCUUUCAAAUUGACCGCUUAUAAAGCGUAGCAACUAUUGAGGGCGCCAUGUAAGUGAGCAAACGGCACUCGUGAAGAUUUUUUUGUUAGCAUUGUGACGUGUUUGUGUGGGACGCCGCGCCAGCCACGCUUUGCCAGCUAGUGAAAAGAAAAUAUUUAUGCCGUGUAGUAGAAUGAGGAAAAGUCGGCAGUAUGCAGUCCCAAAUCGUGGAGGGGUUUUAAAUGUUAAUAACCCACAGAACUGUCGGUUUCGUUGUACAUGUACAUGCGGCUCUAUUGUGGACGACUGGACGACCAUAGGCCUGGAGGACCGACGAAGCCCAUCUCUGCAGUUGGCCCAAGAGUGGUUCAAAUUACGAUUUGGACAGUCGGUGUGUAUCGUGUUGAUGAUGACACCGUGACCUCGUAAGUCUGUGUGAAUGGCUCCAGGCAGGAUAGGCAACGGCGGAUAGGCAAGUCGCCAUACAUGCCAUACGUGUGCCGGGCGUGUUCAUGUAGUGUUGGUGAAUCUCGUUUGGCAGCUUUCGUACGUAUUAUGAUGCUCGUUCUCCUGUGUGCUCCGCGCGUGGAUUUUGUAAAUCGCAUGCGGUAGUGGGACACUGAGAGGACGACACUCACAAUGGGAGGAAGGAAACGACGAAAACAACUCAGGCAGAGACUGGCCUGCGUGAUCUUUAUAAUUGCUGUAGGGUGUUGCAUGUAUGUAAUUUCUACUCGAUCUGAGCGGGGUAGUUUUGAAUCUGUGGAGGUCGAGGAAUGGCCUACUGAGAGUGGUCACCACCUCCAUCAGCAACAGUCAUUGUUUAGCGAUGAUAUCAUCAAUCCUCAUCCCUACCAUUUCACCAUAUCCAACCCGACUCACUGCCACGACAUGAACACAUCGGAGGAUGGCCAGCCCUACCUACUGAUCCUCGUCAAAGCCGCGCCUGGGGAUUUCUACGAUCGCCAGCAGAUCCGCCAGACGUGGGGUGGCACAAGGAUAGUGGGCCAACAACUCACUAGCACCCUGUUUCUUCUCGGGUUGAGCCGGGACGAGGAGGUGAACGAACGGAUCCGUGAGGAAAGUAUUCUUUAUGAAGACAUCGUUCAGGAAAAUUUCAUAGACGCAUACUUGAAUCUGACGAUCAAGAACAUCAUGGGUAUGAAGUGGGUGGCAACCUUCUGCCCCAACGCUUCCUACGUGGCCAGCGCUGACGCGGACGUCAUGCUGAACACCUUCAAUUGGGUCAGGCGGUUGCUGGUCAAACCUCGCCGCCGCUACGCCGAGGGUAGCUUGCGGCGAAACACGAUGCCAGUCCGGAGGCCGGACAAGCACAACGCCAAGUGGCUGACAUCGAGGGAGUUGUACCCAGAGGCUACCUAUGCGCCAUUUUUUCCUGGGUCCUGCUUCGUCUUGUCCCGGGACGUAGCGGCCGACAUCUACAAUCAGUCGCAGCACGUGCGGUUCCUGCCCUGGGACGAUGUCUUCGUUGGGCUGGUCAUGAAGCGCAUUGGAAUCAAACCUCGGCACGCCAAAGGGUACGAGCAGUACGUCCGUUUGAGCAGUAGCAAGGCCAUAACCAGGGCCUUAAGGCGCGGCAUAGCUGUUCUCAUUAGACACCAAGUAGACAGUGUAGAUGAACAUUUAUUGGCAUUGUGGAAAUCGGCCGUGACAUUGUCACAAAGACAAGAGGAGCCACAUUCGGCCUCCCCUCCACAAACCGCCGUCUUCGCAGUUGCAAUCAUCUUGUUUUUCUUUCUGUUUUAUAGUGUAGGGGUAGCCUUAAUGCUGGUCUGAUGAUACACUGCUUUCCGCCUCGAGUAAAAGUGCCCCCUCGUCGGUUGAAAAGAGCCGCGUUGGUCAAGAUUAAGAGUGUUCAAUUUGUUGGUAGCGAUGCAGGCGUGAC